CCAACCUUCCUCACCUCCAUUCAAUCCACCCACCAUCCAUAUUUAUAUACAACUUAUACUACACAACAUGCGCCGAUCAACAAAGACAACCAAAAUUCUCCUCCUCACACCUCCCAUCCUCCUCACCUACACCACCCACCGCUUCCUCUCCACCCUGGAAGCCAAAUACCCCCCCACCGACCCCACCACCACCACCAGCCUCGGUCUCCGCACCCCGAGAAACCCAGCCACGCAACACUGUCCGGCGAUCGAUGUCUUCGAGGCGCGUGCAGUGCCUGUACAGUCUCUUCUCAAACGAUACAGAACUCUUCUACAAGCUCAUCCACAAUCUCCACCCAUCACGACCGAAACCACCGAAUUGGAGAAUAAAGAAAAGAAAAGAGAAACCCUACUCAAAGCCUGGAUCCUCACCUUCCUGAACACCCCACCCCUCCUCCACGAAGCGAGCAUAUUCAAUCUUUUUAAGAACAGAACCUAUGACCCCGGGGAUACAGGCCUGAUUACUUUCUCCCCAUCUACCACCCCAUCCCAAAAGAUGCUCAAAGAAAUCCCCAUCCUAAACGACAUCCUCACCAUCGAAUCCUUCACCCCCUCCAACCCCCUCCCCAGCCUCCUCCUCUCCUGGACCCUCCCCCCCGAACCAAUCCACUUCUUCGAGACGCUAAGUAGAUGGGGCUACCCCUUCCGACUCAUGAGCGGGGGACGUCAUGAACUGAGCAUAUCGCCCAUCUAUACCCAUAACGGGGAAGAAGUGGUAGAUGUGCGAUUUGCCUCGGCCCAUGACUACGAGGUGAUCGAGCAUGAAGGCGGGGUAGACUCGCAGAAGAUGAUUCCUAGAUGGGUGGGGAGGUUGCAUCGGGGUUAUGCUCGGUUUUUGCUUCAUGCUGCGGUGGGGGAUGUAGGAGAGCCUGUGAAGAUUCUGUUGUAGUUUUGCUGUUUUAGUUUAGUAAUUUUGUUUACUUCAGAUGUUGUACUAUUAUUAAUGACUAUCAUUGUUUCCAAGUAAG